AUGGAACCACCCAUGGAAGACACGGUGCCUUUGCUAAACACCUUCCCAUAUGUGUGCUGUUGUCCACGUUGUUAUGCCGUAUCUACGCCUUCUACAUCCAAAUGCCACCGAGAUGUUAGAAAGGGCCGCCAUGAGAGCAACGUUCUCUACUUGCUGCAAUCACGUCCUACAGAAAUGAUCACCCUUGUCAUUGGCGCUAAAGAGGAAAAAGUGCCUUGCCACAUGGCAUUGCUUGGGUUUUACUCGGAGUUCUUUGAUGCUGCUCUUUAUGGGGAUUUCCCCACCCCACAGGAAAUUGGAUUACCAGAUGAAUCCUUGGAAGAAGUCAAUGUAUUUGUCUCCUGGAUGUAUACAGGCCAAAUAUUUCCAGGGCUCGUUUGCGACGAAAGCCUGUGGAUCCUCGGCGACAAGCUACGGAGCCAGUACUUUGCCAAUGAUAUCAUGCAUUUGCUCAUCUCAAAGUACGCAAAUUUACCUCCAGAUAGUGGGCAUUACAUUGAAGCUGCUACUGCCGACAUGGUAUACAGUAAUACUACAAGCGGAUCGAAACUUCGGAAGUUCGUCAAGGAAGUGAUCUUGGUAGAGGGGCCGCUAUCAAUUGACAAUUCCGGAGGGCAAAAAUUCAAAGAAGACUGGAAAGCACUCAUUGCCCGAGGAGGGGACCUGGUGACUGAUAUUGCGCUCGAAGGCUCCUUCUAUAAUGAAGACUUCGGGGAAGGGCCUUGGUACCCCAGCAACCAGGAAAAGUAUCUCGAGCCAAUCCAGACUCGCUCACUUGUCGAAUUCACGCAAGGAAACUCUCGGAGUGCCGGCGGAGGACGAUUGAAAGGUGGUCGAAAGGAUGAGCGAAUCGACGUUAUAACUGGAGGCGAAGAAGAAUUCCCUAUUGCUUAA